ACAGGGUUAUACCACUACAAUAAAUGACAGUGCCGGACAACCGAAAUGACCGUAUUCGGAUGGCAUUUGUUCUACGCUACAACAACAACAAUGUCUCUCGAACAAACUGAAGAUUUGAAGGCAUUUGAGCGAAGGUUAACAGAGGUUAUCGAUAAACUUCAACCAGCCGCAAGAUUUUGGAGAAUUAUACUUAUCUUCAUCUCAAUAUGUACAGCAGUUGGAGCCUGGACUUGGUUGUGGGAUCCUGACACUUCACAGGUUCCAUUCACACAGUCAUUAUUUAACCAUCCAUUUUUCACGUUGACCUGUUUAACGCUGGUAGCGUUAUUCUUGUGUGGUAUACAUAAAAGAGUUGUGGCACCUUCAAUUAUUGCUGCAAGAUGUAGACAAGUUUUAGCAGAUUACAAUAUGUCUUGUGAUGAUACUGGGAAACUUAUUUUAAAGCCAAGACCAACUACCUGACAAUGAAUACUUGGGAAGCAGUCAGUUUAUUUACUUACAGACUUGCUUACAUAAUUUGUUGAUUAAUUAUAAUUGACACCAGAACUUUAAAGCAAUGUUCUAGAUAUUUUCAACAGAACUUUGAUGUAUGAAAUACAGAUUUAAGAAAUCCCUGUAUAAAAUUCAAAUUUAGUGUGUAAGAAUAUUUAUAAUAAGACUUUUCUGAUUGGAAAAUGUAGCAACACUACUUAUUGUAAUGGGACAAAAAUGAACAAUAUAACAAUUGCAUGUUACUGACAAAUGUUUCAGAGUUUAAAGGCUGAUAUUUAUAAGCUCCAUAUCACCUUUCAGCUGAUAUUUCUGAGAUUUAGAUUUAUAAACAGCUGAUAUUUUAGUGCUUAAAAUUAUCAGAAGCUGAUAUUUGUAAUUAGCAAAGACUCUUUAAAGGUUGAUACUAUAAUAAUUUAGAAUCAUUAAAAGCUGAUAUGUGUGAGCUUAGAAUCAUGGUAAAAAACUGGUCCUAAAUUCUACUCUUAUCUCCUUCCUACAUCAUUUCUAAGUUAUAUUUGCAGCAAUUGUUCCUUAUUGCAGCAAUUGUUCCUUUGUUUUUGAAUCAUCAGAAGCUGAUAUUUUUGAGCUAAGAAUCACCAGAUGCUGAUAUGUGUGAGCUGAUACUCAUCAGAAGCUGAUAUUUGUGAGCUUAGAAUCUUUAGAAG